CAUCGCUUUGUCAGCAUCAGAAACGGCCGCCACAGACGACGAGGAGAGUGGCGAGGAGGGCCAUGUGGAGAAGAGAAGCAUCUGGGCUCGUCGCAACAGGCUGGGGUUCAACAGCUUCCGCCGCUACUUCAACAAGAGGCCUUUUGACGAGCUGGCCAGCGGACUCGUCGGGAAGCGAUCAGUGGACGCCAAGCUAGAGACUCAGGAGAAGGAGAAGGCCAAAGCCAAGAGACCUUUUGAUGAGUUGGGGAGCGGGUUUAUUGGAAAAAGACCUUUUGAUGAGAUUGGUAGCGGUUUUAUUGGAAAAAGACCUUUUGAUGAGAUUGGUAGCGGUUUUAUCGGUAAAAGACCUUUUGAUGAAUUGGGAAGUGGUUUUAUUGGAAAAAGACCUUUUGAUGAAUUGGGAAGUGGGUUUAUUGGGAAAAGACCUUUUGAUGAGAUUGGUAGUGGUUUUAUUGGAAAAAGACCUUUUGAUGAAUUGGGAAGUGGUUUUAUUGGAAAAAGACCUUUUGAUGAAUUGGGAAGUGGGUUUAUUGGAAAAAGACCUUUUGAUGAGAUUGGUAGCGGUUUUAUUGGAAAAAGACCUUUUGAUGAGAUUGGUAGCGGUUUUAUCGGUAAAAGACCUUUUGAUGAAUUGGGAAGUGGUUUUAUUGGAAAAAGACCUUUUGAUGAAUUGGGAAGUGGGUUUAUUGGGAAAAGACCUUUUGAUGAGAUUGGUAGUGGUUUUAUUGGAAAAAGACCUUUUGAUGAAUUAGGAAGUGGGUUUAUUGGAAAGAGACCUUUUGAUGAAUUGGGAAGCGGGUUUAUCGGAAAGAGACCUUUUGAUGAAUUGGGAAGUGGGUUUAUCGGAAAGAGACCUUUUGAUGAAUUGGGAAGUGGGUUUAUCGGAAAGAGACCUUUUGAUGAGAUUGGUAGCGGUUUUAUUGGGAAGAGACCUUUUGAUGAGAUUGGUAGCGGUUUCAUCGGGAAAAGACCGUUUGACGAACUAGGGAGUGGCUUCAUUGGCAAACGCAGGCCUUUCAGCGAGCUGGCUAGUGGGCUUGUGGGCAAAAGGCGACCGUUUGGAGAACUGUCAAGCGGACUUGUUGGCAAACGACCCUUUGAUGAGCUAGGAUCUGGGUUGGUCGGAAAACGGCCGUUUGAUGAAUUGUCCAGUGGGUUGGUGGGAAAGAGGUCAGAGAACAAAGCGGUCAAGCGACCUUUCGAUGAACUGGCUAGUGGCCUUGUAGGGAAAAGGUCGACGCAAUAAUGAUGGAGGACGUGUCUGGGAGAUGUUGGUCGGAGCACUCGAGACCAGGGAGGUGGGCGGGUUGUGUUGUGUUGGGGGGGUGGGGGUGUGGGGUGGGGUCGGCAGAUGGGAAGCGAAACAAGGGUAGCCUAUACACGCCACAGUCGUGUCGUCUCGUUCUUCUCCAGCUAAAAGCGAUCAGAAAGAGUUAUGAAGAAAAAUGUUGUCCUCGACUAUAUCUAAGAUGCAUGAUCAUACGCAGAAACAAUAUGCUCAUAUUGUGGAAGAUGCUCUUCUACUCUUCUCAAUACAAGUGAGAGAUUUUUUUCUUAAAGGUAGAUAACUUGUCUUAGCUAAGAUCAUGAAAGUUAUGUCCCUUCAACAUCAUUUGAACCUGGUAUCAUCGCUUUUCUCAAUAUGCUGUCAAAGUUGUCUGCGUAAAUUCUACCAUCCGACCUGAAAUCAAAGAAAUAAACCUCCAUAAUUACAUCUGUUUCUCUUUGUUAUUAGACACGAACGUGUCUCAAUAUUAUCGUGUGUACCAAGAUAUCAUAUAAAAGGUAAAUAAAAAAUUGGCGAUUUUUA